AUGUCCGAUAACACACAACAAACUAUUGAAUAUUAUAAAUCUGAACUUAUUAAAAAAGAUGAAAUUAUCAAAAAAUUAUCCGAAGAAGUUGAUAAAGACCAAUUAAAAGAAUUAAAGAUUCAAUAUCAAGAACUAAGUGAUAUUGUUUAUAAUUUAAAAACUGAGAAUGAAAAACUAAAAAUAGAAAAUGAGAAACUCUUAGAAGACUUAAAGAAGAAAGAAAUUAAAGUGGAAGAGAACGAGGAGAAAAAAGAAGUUACCGACGGCAGGAAUAACCAGCAAGAUUCUUUAUUAUCACAAGAAUCUAAACAAGAAAAAGUAGGAACAGCAGAAACAGCAGAAAUUGUGGCUGUUACACCAGCCUCUGAAGCGACUGAACCAGUAAUCCCUGAAGGAAUCAAGACAGGAAACCUUCAAAAACAAUCUCAAUUGCUUAAGACAUUUGAUCGACGUUAUUUUGUGCUCACUAAAGAUACAUUGUACUAUUAUAAAUCUAGUAAUGAUCCAUCAAAUGAAAAAUCUAUUGAUAUUUCAUCCGAUUGUAACGUCAAAAUAGUAGAAGGGACAACAUUCGAUCUUGAAGCUAAGUCAAGAACAUACACAUUAAUUGCUGAUUCGGUAGAAGAACGUGAUUCAUGGAUCAAAGAGCUUAAGGAGUGUAAUGUUAACGUUAUACCUUCUGGAAAGGAGAAAUCAACAUUUAAUAAGAAAAAUGAAGAAUCAACGAAACUUGAAAUACUUAAGAGUGAGAAUGAAAGUGAUAUUAAUAUUCAACAAAAACCCGUAUUCCCCGAAGGAGUUAAGACAGGAAACCUUCAUAAACAAUCUCAAUUGCUUAAAACGUUUAACCAACGUUAUUUUGUGCUCACUAAAGAUAAAUUGUAUUAUUACAGAUCUAGUAAUGAUCCAUCAACUCAAAAGUCAAUUGAUCUUUCAUCCAAUUGUAAAAUCAAAAUAGGUGAAAGUGCAAAAUUUGACCUUGAAACCAAGUCAAGAACAUAUAAAUUAAUUGCUGAUUCGGAAGAAGAUCGUGAUUCAUGGAUCAAAGAGCUUAAAAAGUGCAACAUUAUUGUUAUAUCUCUCGAAAAAGAGAAAUCAAUAUCAAUUAAUAAUAUUGAAGAAUCCGCAAAACUUGAAGCACCCAAGAGUGAAAAUGAAAAUGAAAAUGAUAUUGAUAUUCAACAAUCCGUUGACAAUACUGUUGAUAAAGCCACUGAUGUCGUUGAAGUUUCAGAAUAG